GAACCUACCGAUUGAUAGACCGCAAUUGAUGGCCAUAAGAGAGCCCAACUCUCGCGAGAAAGCGCCGCCAUUUUUAUGACUUCCUCGUUUGUUGAUUGAUUUGUCAGAAAUGAAAACCAGUUUUUCUUGACAAUUUGCAAUGUAAUGUACACAGGAAAAUGCCGUUUAUACAGCGAAUAGUAGAACCGAUCCACGUUAGUCGCGUGGAAGUGGACAAAUCAGUGACAAAUGAGUUAGAAUGUGUGACUAAUCAUUCAUUGGCUAAUAUUAUACGUCAAUUAAGUUCACUAAGUCAGCAUGCGGAGGACAUGUUCUCUGAUUUGUACAGGGAGACUACUACUUUUUUCAAUAGAGCUAGUGAACUAAAUAACAGAGUUGAGCAUUUAAGAAUUAAAGUUACACAACUUAACCCAACAGAAGAAGAAGUGUCAUUACAAGAUAUUCACUUGCGAAAGCCUUACCAGAGUUCAAAGCAGCAUGAUCAACAGGUGGUGUCACGUAUCACAAUACCUAAGGCUAUACAAGAUGUCUAUAAUAGAUGUGAGAAACCACCUGCCUUAGAUAAACUCAAUGUCUACAGAGAGGAUGGUAAAGAUUGUAUGAAAUUCUACACAGAUCCUUCCUAUUUCUUCGAAUUAUGGUACUCCGAAAUCAAGAAAGAUAUAGAAAACAGAAAGAAAGAUUUGAAGGCAAAGAGAGUGAAAAAGAGUCGGUCCCCUGCUGGUCACAAGGCAGUCAAACCAAAGCCGGUACAGACCAGAGCAGAAAAAUACAAAGAUAAGAAAAUGGGCGAGGAAUUUCGUUCAGAUUAUAAUGUACCAGUAACUCAACCUAGUUCUGGGAAAGGACAUGAAGUGCCUCCUGGGUACACAAGACAAAACUCAAUGGGUAACAGACCAGAGCAGCUUAGUGUUAGACAGGGUGGAGAUCAGGUACCUGGACAGACACUUGAACAGAAUCAUAUAGAUAACCAAAUGAAUGGACCGUAUACUGUACAUCCUCAGUACCAAAUAGAUCAGCAAGAUCCUAAUUAUAAUGCACAGAUUCAGUAUCGUGGCUCUCAAAAGAUGCAUCCAGCUCAAAAUCAAAAUCAAUCUCCUCGGGACAGGCGUCAGUCUCAGAAACAAGGAAAUAUAGCUAGUCCUAGUAGACCAAAUGUUGCUCCCCCACCACCUCCUCCCAUGGAUCAAGGUUACAUUCAAAGAAAUGACCGAGGCAGUAUGUCACCACAGAGGGACAGUUUGCCCCCUCCCCCACCACCACCUCUGGUCGGGAAUGGUCACCAGAAUGCUUCUCAGAUUAGAAACACUCAAUUAAAUGAUAUAGUGUAUCAAGGUGGCUCUCCAAGACACAUGUCUCCAGGGAGAGACUCUGACUUGCCUCCACCACCUCCACCUCCAAUGUCACCAGACAGUCCAGAGAUGCCCCCACCCCCUCCUCCUCCCCCUAUGGCACAUCAGACUCCUCCUCCUCCACCCUUACAGCAAACAAAUGUUCCCGCCCCUCCUCCUCCACCCCCACCACCACCUGCUCCAAUGGCACCGCCCCCUAUGAAUGGACAGCCUGAUACUAUGUCAAUAUCGUCAGGGAACAGCAAUUACUCGAGCACAGCUAGUGCAAGGGAAAUGGAGGCACCAGAACCACCAAAGAUUACAGCAAGAAAUGCUCUGUUAGAUGAGAUUAGACUUGGUGACUGGAACAAGAAGUUGAGAAAAACUGAGGAGAAGAAACAAGAGACUGUGUCACAGAACAGGUUUGAUGUUCAUGCUGUGAUGACGCGAGCAUUUGAUAUGAGAAGAAAAGCUGUAGAAGACAGUGAGUCAGAGGAUGAUGAUGAAGAUGAUGACUGGGCUGAUUAAUGACUUUGCUUGUAGUGAACCAAUUCUAGAGUGGACUAGACUGCCAUUGAUGAUCUGUGCUGAAACUCCUAUCAAGUGUGAUACAUAUACAGUUUGACACAAACAGAAUACUUGAGUGUGAUAUUCAGCUAGAGAGUCUGAGUAGACUUCAACAUGGAUUACUGUAAUAAUUAUAGGGAAUAUAAAGAAAUUUGUUGAAUAUUUGUAUAUUUUGAGAGGUAUUUAAGCUAUAUAAAACAUUUAACAAAGUAACCAGGCUAGUAUGAUAACCUCAUUUUCAUCUACUUUAAGUAUCCCCCUAUUUUUUUACCAUCUACUCGUGCACUUCCUUGAUUUUCCAGUGAUAUGAUAAAUAAAUGGGGUAAAAUGAGAGCAGAUGUGAUCAAGUGUUACAGAGAUAGAGUUAUGUUAUAGAAUAAUUUAUGAACAGCUGUAAUUGAGAUGUCCUGUGGGAAUGAUAUUUGCUCUAAUUUGUUUUCAUUUCUGUAACUACUAAAUGUCAAACAAAUGUCAGAUAUUUUAAAAGUAAGUUUGUGCCUGAAAGAACAUGUCUAUAUAUCAAUCUUGGCAAGACUGUUAAUCAUUUUAGGGGGAAUAAAAAUGAAAAUUUGAACUAACUGAAAAGUGAACAAUUGCAGACCAUGAUUGGAUGGCAUGUAUUUGUCAGCUGAUGUUGGUCUGUACUGGUCACAUGGGUAGAAUAUGAAGUCGCGGGCAGGCUAAGGGUCAGAGAACAGAUUUGUUUGGUGAUAUUCAGAACUUACGACAUAUUUUAUCUACAUUUGCAAACAUUUAAAACAUUAUACCUAAUUGUACAAACACGGGCAAUUGUUAAUUGGUACACAAGAUCAAAUAACAUUGAAAGUAACAUAUCAACAGGAUGGUAUCAACAGGAUGGUAAUCUAAAUUUAUCCUUCAAAUAUUGUCAUAUUUUUGUAGUAGUCACUACAAAUAAUGAAUGCAGGUGUCCAGGGUAAUAACAUCUGAUAUUUGAGUUCUAUGUAGAUCAUUUCUUGUUACUAACAGUAAAAAUAACACAAAAUUCAAGCAAUGAACAUGUGUUCGUAAAUAUGUGUGUGUUAAUGCCAAUUUUAAUGUACCAUUAUGUCUUCAAAUUUAAAUCACUUCAGAAGGUAUUGUGUAUGCACUACUUGUGAAUUAUUGUAAAAAUCUUUAUUUUGGCAUUCAUAAUGAAGCAAUUGUAAUGGUGUUUUAUAAAGUAUUUUUUUAUUUGUUUCAUUGUUGAUAAUGUGUUAAUAGUCAAAAUAUUAAGAAAAAAUUGCUCCAAAAGAAUGUAAAUUGGUUGUAAUGUAUUUCUAUGCUUUAAUCUCUAUUCACUAACAUACAGGGCAUUUAUUACAGUGUAUAUAUGAAUUGUUUUAUACACCUUCCAUAUAUAGAGUUGCCAUAAAACUUUUACAGUGUUGAUGUGUACCUAGAACUUCACCUGUGAAACAAGAACACUUUCUAUAUAGCAAUUUUAUCAUGAUCAAGUAUCAUACAUCAUUAUCAGUUAUAAUAGGACUGCUUGCAUGAGAAAACAACCCCGAAAGUCAUGCAUACUAUUUUUUAAAUGACAUCUAGAGGGUGUUGUUGUUGUUUUUGUUGUUUCUUAAUAAAGAAAGUUAAUUUUUUAACUCUUUGAAACAAUAAAAAAACCAAUGGAGGUCUGCUUAUCCUUAACCAAUCACAUUUGUCUUCAAUAUGUGAAAGGUAAUUCAGAUUUUGAUUUUUAACGUCUUUAGACUUCAUCGUAAAAAUUAAGUUAAUGCAAGCAAUGGAAUUUAUUUUUUAGUUUUUGUAAGUGAAUAAAUUCACACAUAUUAAGUAGAACAAAAUUAAUUGGUUACUUCAGAAAAUUACAACUUUGUAACUAGUAAUCAUUUUCUUGUUAAAAAAAACAAACAAACAGAAUGUUUUUUUAUUGUUGUUUUUGUCAAGUUUCAUACUUGAAUGGGACAACCAAGAUAUAUUGUUCGAUUAUGAAACAUUGCAUGGAAAUUAGGUCAGUGAAGUAAUGACCUUUAAUAAUUGAAUCAUCGUAUUUUUCCUCUUUGUUUAGUUUUGUAAUGGCUGAGUCAACAAUUGCCACAGAAUAAUUGAAGUAUUAAUGAAUUCAAUUCAUAAAACAAUGUCUUCCUUCAUAAAAAAAAAUUGUCAUUUUCUUUCGAAACAAAAUACAUGUAUUUUAGAUUGUGUUAUAACAAAUUUGUAAAUACUCCAUUAUUGUAGCUACCAAUUUCUUUACAAGUGCAAUAUGUUACUGUUUAAAUUUAGUUGAUCAUCUCUGGGUGGUAGAAAUUUUGUCUACUUUGUAGGUAUAAAUAUCAACAUAUGGAUACAGAAAAUUAUUUGCCUGAUUCUGAAAUAUCUUGAAAUACAUUGUAUAAUAUUUCUUUUGUAAUAUUUUAUUAUUCAUACCAAGAUAUAUUUUAGAGGUAUAAAUGUACAGUAAGCAUCAAGGAAGUCAAUUGCUUCUGAAUACAGCACUCUUGUGUGUGUUAUUUUCAUAUAUAAAACAUUCAGACUAUGGUAAAAUAAAGCAUGUGUAGUGUAUUUUAUUUAUAUUAUACAUAUACGUAGCAUUCAGAGAUGAUGAACUAGACCUAGCUUUCUUGUAUAAAGUUCAUUGGGGGAUGUUUAUUUUUUGUAUUUAGUGAGCCAGAUAUGUAGAAAGUCAUGUAAUAUACCCUAGAUAGUUGUAGUUUGUAUAUAGGAUAUUAUUAUUAUAUAAGUAAUUUGUACAGCGUAUUCCCACACCAUACAGUCUUCUAUACCCACUAUAGUUUCCCUAUAUCUGUGUAAAAGUUGUUAAUAAGAUUUUAUUGAUGUAUCAAAGAGCAUAAUGGUUUGAUGUACAAUAAUAGUCACAGUUAUCAUACAUGAUUCACAAUGAUUAGAUCAUACUCUAGCCAUGCUAAAUAUAUUAAACGAAUUUGUCCAUCUUCAUUCUGGACAAAUGCAUUCAUCAAUAUAAGGAUAUAUUUCUCUAUAAGCCAAUAAUAUAAACCAUGUUGAGAUGACAUGACCCAGCACAAAAUUGCUGGUUAAUGUUGGUCUACAUAGGUUUAUUAAUGUCCUGCCAGCAGAAUAAAAGUUUAAUACUAACUAUUGUACCUUAGAACAUUCACUCUUAUAUUAACUUUAAUACAGUUCCUUAUAUAAUGAAAUCAAACUUUUUACACCCAUGUAGUCUAAGCAAGCUCAGCAUUGUUGACUGCUAAGAUUUAAUAUUGAAAUCCCUAAAAUUUAUAGAUGGACUGUUUCAAAAUCAUAGAUGAGAAAGUCCAUUAAACAAAUUAAGAAGGGUGAGAGCUAUAUGUACAUGUUUAACCAGGAAUGGAACCAGUUUUUGUGUUAAGAUACAGAAAAUAUGUGUAGAUUAAUUACCUUAAUUGGUGCCAUGCUUGUUAGAUAGAAUCUCAGGUUGAAAGGGGCAAAAAACUUGAGGUGUUUAGGGCACUAAAUAUAUAAUUUGUUUAUGUUAACUUACAUUGGUUAGUUGUUACCCUAUAUUCAUGUAAAUGUCCAGAAUAUUUGCUUUAUCUGUUGACUUGAUUUUUUUCUUUUUAUUUUAAAUCGAAACACUAUUCUUGUAUAAACAGACACAUUUUCAAUAUUGUUUCACCCUCUUCUUUAGUUAUCUCACCUAUUUAUUCUUGAUGAUUUAAAGUUACUCAAUAAAUGGCGACAGGAACAAAAGAAAUGUUAUUAAGUAGACUGUUUUAUCACUGUAAUAUUACCAGUAAUUCAAAUUUAAUUCUUUAUGAUAUGUUAUUUCCCUUUUAUCCAGAUUUUUGGAAAAUAAAUUGUUUGUUUUUUUCUGGAAGAUUUUUUAAUUGACACACAACAAGGUGUGUACUAACGGUGUGAAGUAAUGAUGUUUGUGUUUUCAGAAUGUGUAGUUAGAUAACAACCCUGCAGCUACUUUAUAAAAAUACUGCUUUAUUUUUGUGUGAUUAUUUUAUGCAUAUUUUUCAUGCAUACUGGUUGAGUUUUGUUUGUGUUUCAAGGUCUUGCCUUACCUAGAAGAACUAUACAAGUGUUUGUUUGUGUAGUUUUUGUCUUGUGUUGCUUUUGUAUUGUGUUGUUUAAUUUUUUCUCAAAAAACGAGCUGCACUGUUUUGUAUAUUCUUUUAAUGAAGUCAAUUCAUUUGCUUAGGACUUUUGUUUUUGAAUUAAAAUUUCUUUUAGUUCUUCCAGACAAACUUCAUGCAUGCUUCAAGUAGGGCAUUGUAUGGUACUUGAACAGGCAGGUUGAAUAGUUUGAGGUAUACCAGAAUCAUCCUUACUUCUCCACAUUAUAAAUAGUAGCAAAUUGAUUUUCAUUUAAUUGCAGCAAAUACUGAAUGGAUGUAAAAUAAAAAUGAAAUUAGAUUUAAAAAUCAAGACAGAAAUAUUGAUUUGUAAAAUAUCUUGUAUAUGUUUGAGAAACUGAAAACAGAAGAAUGAGAACACUUGAAAUUAAGUAUGUUGUUAUUAUCAACAAUUGGAGCGUAAGUUAUUCUGUUAUGAAGUCAUUCUGUAGUCUUGUGUGAUAUUUUUGUUUUAUGUUACACAGAGCUGAUAAUGUUUUUGUUGUGUAGUAGUGAAUGAAUAUUCAUUUUUAUUAGUUACAUACACAAGAUUUCUUUUAGCUGAAAUAAAAUUGUACUUUUUUUACAGUUCACA